CUCCCAUUGAGUAUUCUCUUCUCGUUUUGUCUGCCAUAUGACACCUAUAAAUACCACCUUCACCCUUUCCUUCCCUCACCAACCCACUAUUUCCUUUAUUCUCCAGCUUAAUUUGAAGCUCAAAACUACAAACACAUCCCAGAAUUAAAAAUGUCAGGGGUUUGGAUUUUCAGGCCAGAUGGCGUAUUUGGACCUCAGGUUGGAAGUCAUCAACCAGAGUCCUCAUAUGAUGGAGGGCAAGGAAGUAGUUCUAGGAGAAAGGUUUUGGUGCACUUACCAACCGGACAGGUGGUAUCAUCCUACUCCACCCUGGAGCAAAUCUUGAUGGGUUUAGGGUGGGAGAGAUAUUAUGGAAGUAACUCUAAUCUCUUCCAAUUUCACAAGCAAUCUUCCAUUGACCUAAUUUCUCUCCCAAGGGAAUUCUCCAAGUUCAACUCCGUUUACAUGUACGAUAUUGUCGUUAAAAUUCCCAAUAUCUUCCACGUCCGAGAUAUGUGAGCAUGCACGCAUGUCAUCUGAUCUCAUUAGUUUUCGGCCGGUCAUGUCAUUUAUGGUUUCUAGUAGUUCCUAUGUUAAUUUGUCCCAGAAUUUCGAAUGGUUUCAGACCAAUCGACUAGGCUUCCUUUCACUUCAUGUUUUCUAUAUAUAAUAAAGUGCAAAAGUAGUACUCUCUCUGUUUAAUGUACCUUAUCAUUGCAUUGUAAUGCUUUACUUUUGUAACAUAUCAUGAGCGUGGCCUUGUAUCAUAUCAAGUUAUUAGAAAUAAAUUAAUUAGUACUCCUGCA